AUGCGGGUCCUCCGCGCGCCUCUAGCCGGCGCCUCGUGGCUGCUGCUGCUGCUGCUUCUGGGAGUGUCCGCGGACCCUACCCUCCGGGCCGCUCCCGAGUCCCACAACCAAACUUGUCACGGAGAGAGCUGCACCCCUGCCCUGACCCCUCGCCGCGCCGGCCACACUGUGGGGACGCGGAAUCCGCCCCGAGACGCUCGGGCGGCCCGCGCGCCCGCCGGGGAGAAGGAGGAGGAGCUGGUGGCGGCUGUGCGCGCGACGCCCUCGUGGGACCAGCCGGCUGCCCCGCGAGGUGACCCGGCUGCGGCGAGACGCGCGGAGGCGGCGGGGGCACCCCUCGCCCGGCCGCCUGGCGCCUGGAGGUGGAGAGGGGUCCUGGAAAGCCCUGGAGCUCUGGCCAGGGGGCACCGCACGGCCCUCCUGCCCUUCCUGCAGACCCCAGAGGAGGAAGCUCAGGGUCCCAGGGGCGCUGGCUGGUUGGGUGUGAGGACGGAGCCCGGCAGCAGCCAGCUCUUUUACAGACCCAAGAGAGCCGGGAAAUCCCAGGGCUCCCGCCGCGACCCCCCACCCAGGCCGGCCAGCGCGCCCCAGGGCCACGAAGGGCGGACCCUCGCGCCUCCUGGCCGGGCGUUGGCCCAGAAUGGGUCUUCGGGAGACUGGACCCUGGACCAAGGCGGCCCCCGCCGGGGGAACAGCACCAGCCGGCGGGUCCGACUCAAGAACCCCUUCUACCCGCUGACCCAGGAAUCAUACGGCGCCUACGCCGUCAUGUGCUUGUCGGUGGUGAUCUUUGGCACCGGCAUCAUCGGCAACCUGGCGGUGAUGUGCAUCGUGUGUCACAACUACUACAUGAGGAGCAUCUCCAAUUCCCUCCUGGCCAACCUGGCCUUCUGGGACUUUCUCAUCAUCUUCUUCUGCCUGCCGCUCGUCAUUUUCCACGAACUGACCAAGAAGUGGCUGCUGGAGGACUUCUCCUGCAAGAUCGUGCCCUACAUUGAGGUCGCCUCGCUCGGAGUCACCACCUUCACGCUGUGUGCACUGUGCAUUGACCGCUUCCGCGCGGCCACCAACGUGCAGAUGUACUACGAGAUGAUCGAGAACUGCUCCUCCACCACCGCCAAGCUGGCCGUGAUCUGGGUGGGCGCCCUGCUGCUGGCCCUGCCCGAGGUGGUUCUGCGCCAGCUGAGCCAGGACGAGCUGGGGCUGAGUGGUCGUGCGCCCGCGCAGCGCUGCGUCAUCAAGGUGUCCCCGGACCUGCCGGACACCAUCUACGUCCUGGCCCUCACCUACGACAGCGCCCGGCUCUGGUGGUACUUCGGCUGCUACUUCUGCCUGCCCACGCUCUUCACCAUCACCUGCUCGCUCGUGACCGCCAGGAAGAUCCGCAAGGCCGAGAAGGCCUGCACUCGGGGCAAUAAGCGGCAGAUCCAGCUGGAGAGCCAGAUGAACUGCACGGUCGUGGCUCUGACCAUCUUGUACGGGUUUUGCAUCAUCCCAGAGAACAUCUGCAACAUCGUCACGGCCUACAUGGCCACGGGCGUCUCGCAGCAGACGAUGGACCUCCUGAACAUCAUCAGCCAGUUCCUGCUGUUCUUCAAGUCGUGCGUCACGCCGGUCCUGCUCUUCUGUCUCUGCAAACCCUUCAGCCGCGCCUUCAUGGAGUGCUGCUGUUGCUGCUGCGAGGAGUGCAUCCAGAAGGCCUCCACGGUGACCAGUGACGACAACGACAACGAGUACACCACGGAGCUCGAGCUGUCGCCCUUCAGCACCAUCCGCAGGGAAAUGUCCACUUUCGCCUCGGUGGGGACUCACUGCUGA